UGCUUCUUUCUGUUCUAUGUCCGGCAGUGAGCUCAUUAGAGCACCAGAUGGAGGCCAGAUCUCUCUGGAUUGGUUUGACAAUGAUGACAGCACAUCCCACCCGGACCAGUCCACGCGACCCACUGUGCUGCUGCUCCCGGGACUGACGGGCACAAGCCGCGAAUCCUACAUUCUACAUAUGGUACAGCAGAGCCGGGAUAUGGGAUACAGAUGUGUGGUGUUCAAUAACAGAGGUGUAUCGGGUGAAAAGUUAUUGACGCCUAGGACUUAUUGUGCAGCCAAUACAGAGGAUCUGGAGAUGGUCAUUGAGCAUGUCCAGCGGACCAUUGACAAAGCUCCGCUCAUGGCGGCUGGGGUUUCUAUGGGCGGGAUGAUGCUGGCGAACUACGUGGGUCGGAAAGGCUCUGAGGUGCGUCUGAAGGGUGUGGUGGUUUUUUCGGCAGGCUGGGAUGUGUUCGAGUGCACGGCUUCACUGGAGAAGCCCCUGGACCGCUUCCUCUUCAACUCCUACCUUACCAGCUGCCUGCAGGCAUCCGUGGACCGUCACAGAACCAUUCUUGAAAAAAAAUAUGAUAUAGACCAUGUGAUGAAGGCUAAAACAAUCCGAGAGUUCGAUGAACGUUUCACAUCCAUCAUGUUCGGUUAUCCAUCCAAUGAAGACUACUAUCGAGACGCUAGUCCUAUUCACAACAUCAAGUCUGUGCAGGUGCCGAUGCUGUGCCUCAACGCAGCUGACGACGUCUUUUCCCCCAAUCACGCCAUUCCAGUAGAUGCCGUGAAGCAGAACCCCAAUGUGGCGCUCCUCAUCACAUGUCACGGCGGCCAUAUUGGCUUCCUUGAGGGUCUGUGGCCACGGCAGAGCACUUACAUGGACCGAGUUUUUCAGCAGUUCACCAAGGCCGUGUUUGAGAACGGCAGCGGUCUAAAUGAUCUCCACUGACGCUCCCUUUCCAUUACCUCAGUCUAUAGCCAUUAGCAAAAAAGGAAGAAAAA